GGUCAAACCCAAUUUUAAACGAUGGACUUCAAGUAGUUCCGCGAAAAGAAAAAUUUAAGUUGCGUAUCUUACCCUAAGGUUCUACGUCAAGAACGACUGCAAGUCAGCUUUAAUAGUUUGCACGUUAGUAAUUACGAAAAAUAUGAUUAUCCAAUUGGUGUUAAGUGCUACUGUAUGUUUGAAGGGAUGUCGACCGGACAAAAAAAUAUUUCUUGAUCUUUAGUACUCAAUUACGUAAUACAAAAACAGUAAAUGAAUGUGAAGUCAUAAUCUUUUCUUAAGCUAGUAACUUAAGAAAAUGUCUCAUUGAAAGAGAAAGUUUUGUAGGAAAGAUAAAAAUGAUAAGACUUAUUUACAAGCUUUUUAAAAGAAAGAAAAAUAAAUCUCCCUCUCUCUCUUGAAGAAAUGUAUUUGCCGUUUAAAACUAGUGCUGUAACUGAAGCAAAACCUGAUUUUCUUCAGUGGAUGAGAUAAUUGACAGUCGAACUCAACAAAGAGAAGGGGGGAAAAAAAGAGUAUGAUUACUGUGAAAACUGUUAAAAUUUUAAAAACAUGCAAUCUGUAUCUCUGCGCCUUGUUAACGGGCAUGUGCAUGGCCAUAACAGGACCCACUCUUUUGGACUUGCAAAACAUCGUUGGAACAGACACAAAACAUAUAGCCUUUGUUUAUACAGCAAGAUCAGCAGGCUAUUUAUUUGGUUCAAUAUUUGGUGGUGUAUUGUUUGACAUGACUAACAAAAAACAGCUCAUUUUUACAAUAUUUAAUUUCAUAAAUGCAGCUUCAACAUUCGCAAUCCCUUGGAGUCGAGUUAUCGGAGCUCUGACAGGAUUUAUGACAGUUAAUGGAUUCACUAUGGGUCUUUUAGAUACAGGUACCAAUGUAUGCUGCCUUUAUUUAUGGGGUAAAGAAAGUGGACCUUAUUAUCAAGCUUUACAUUUUGUCUAUGGUGUUGGAGGGCUAAUAUCCCCUCUAAUCGCAGCACCUUUUCUGACCACUCAUCACCUUGAAGGAAUCGUUAACAAUGUGACGAAUAACAACAAUGUAACUCAUUUAGAGACACAAGCGCAAAUUAAUAGUUCUGUUCACACUGUUCCGUUACCUCCUAUAACAUAUGCAUACACAAUUGUCGGUGGUGUCGGCUUAUUGGUAACAGCGUCAUUUCUUGUCAUGUGUAUAGCGUCUCCUCUCGACGACAAUGGCCAAAAAGAAGAGAACAAUCAAACUAGAUCUUCAGCUAUUGGAUUUGUUACAUUAAUUGUGUCGUUAAACUUCCUCCUGUUAUUUGUCGAAACUGGUACCGAGAUAGGUUUCGCUCAAAUGGUCGCAAUUUAUUCAGUAAAAGGACCACUGCAGCUCACCAAGACUGUUGGCUCGUACAUAACGUCGACAUUUUGGGGUUCAUUUACCAUCUUCAGGUUCGUGUCUGUUUUCCUAGCCAUAAAACUCAGCAACAGGACAAUGGUAAUAUUUGAUAUCAUUUUAACUUCAGUAGGUGCAGCUAUACUUCAAUGUCUUGCUGCUGAUUAUGAAUGGGCACUAUGGUUGGCAUCAGCUCUUUUGGGCGCAGGAGUGGCUUCCUUGUUCCCCUCGGCAAUAGCCUGGGUAGAUCAGUACAUAACGGUCACAAAUAAGAUGGUGUCUUUAUUUGCAGUCGGAGCUGCUUUUGGAGAAAUGAUGGUGCCAUAUACGAUAAGUUAUUUCAUAAACGAAGUGCCCGCCGUGCUUAUUUAUGUAGUUAUAGCGUCAUGUGUCUUAUCCGGUGCAAUAGUGAUUCUUAUGUUUUUAGUGUUAAGAAAUAGACCGGAAAAGUAUUUAACGAAAGAAGAAAUUUCAACCCAACGAGGAACAGAAGAUUCGAAUAAUAAACGUUUUUAACAGUUAGGCAUUGUAAUCUGAUUUAAAUUGUAAUUCUAAAGUUCUGUAUAUCUGAAGUUAUGGAUUCAUUCUGAGAUAUUUUUAAAUCCGUUUAUUUGUCAGUAAUAAUGUGUUCGUUGUAUUCAAUGUAUAUGUUACCGGCAAAGUAUAAAACGGCAUUCUAUAGAUUAGACAUGGUAUAUCAUGCCUAGGAAUGUAUAUAGUUGUAUAUAAUGCUUUAUAGAAUGACAAAUUGUAUUCUGAAAAAAAUAAUUUUUUCAAAAUGCGUAAAGAAAAAUGAGUUAAAAAAUUUCUUAUUCAGUGAAACAUGAUUUUCAUAUAUAUGUAAAAAAAGAAAUUAAAAUAAACUUACUUGUUGCAACUAGGCUGUCAUUGUAAACAGCUGGGUUCAAACCCAGUGGCGACUUGAAGCCGAUCCAGCGUCAGAUAGAUGGGUACCAGUUUGUCUGGGAAGAAAAGGUGGCCUGUGUGCAGUGCUGACCACAUUGCUACAAUCAUGCCGUUGGUCACGAAAUUGUGAAGCCUUAUCCCCCUUGAUCCACAACGGGCUGUUACGGGAAUGUUCCAUUUUUGCAUUCUAAGCUAAUCGGAGAUGAUUUUCAUAAUUUACCUGUUUCUCAUUUAGCAUUCUAUACCCGGAUUUCGAACUUCGCCGGUAAUAAAUGAAGCAACCUUUGGAAUUGUCUAAAAUAAAAUUUCUCAAAUAGAUAAAAAAAAAAUGCGUGUUUUAUAUUUAAAAUAAACAUCUUUAUUAAAGAAUACAAAUGCUGUGUUGUCGUUCAUCUGUAUUUUGACAAACACCAUUUUAAUUUUUCCAUUCAGGUUUUUUAGUUCAUUUCAUUCACUUUGGGAGAAAAAAAAGUCUGAUUUGACUGACCUAUGUAUUUCUGGCUAACUUUAACAUAUGAUGUGUGGGAAAAUGGAAUUUUUUUCAACUUUACUAGAAGGGUGAGGGAAUGAUGUAAUUAAUUUUUCAGAUAUUUUAGUAAGUCGCAUAUUUUAGUAGGCCUAAGUUUUUGUUCAUGGUAAAAUUUGUCAAAUGUUAGUGACACAGCUUUUAUCUUUUAUUGGUAUAAAAAUUAAAACUGUUUAUAGGAAUUUGUUUUAGGAAUUUGUAAACUGUCAACUAAAAAGUAACUAAUUGGCAUUUUUCAAUUGCCAUUGAUGCAUUAACAGUUAUAUAGAUACUUCUUUAGCUUAAGGUAUGUAGUCAUCUGUUUAAAGUCUCGAAUUUAUAAUCUAAUGGUAUUUUUUGGUCAUCGUAUUCAAUUUUCCGACUUAUUAUCCAAGAAAUCAUGAAAACAAUGUUUUUCAACUUGUAAA